AUCUCAAGCCGAUAAAUUGCAUCACCCCAGGAAUUUUGGAGGGUCAUGUCUUAGACGGGAUACAUAUUUUGUCAAAUUGACAUCAAAAGUAGAUUUUUAAACCCUUUUCUUAAAGAACCUUAACCUAAUUGUCAUAACCUGCUACGUUAAUUAUCCUAACCUGCAGCGUAAAUUCUCCUAAACCUCUUCGAAAAGUCAAAAACCGUUUUGGGAGCACAUGAAUGCGGAUCUAGGUAAACUAGUACUUACCAUAAGGUAGAAUGUUUUAGCAGUGGUUGUUUUGUUAUCAUUCACAACACUCGAUCUAGCACGAGAGGAGAGAAAGUAACUUUUAUUUUACGCUUUAGUGAGUCCAGUUGUUUAGAUAAUUCUAGAACAAUAUGGGAAGCACAGCAAAUGACUCCAAGAAGAGAGACAUGAAGAUGACACCUAGAAAGAAGAGGACGCUUCGAUUGAACAUCCCUGACCUCAGCUCGUUUGCCAUGCCCUUCAUGGAGAGAGAUGCCGACCAUAUAGAUACGGACAGCAUACGGAAGGGUGGAGGGAGUUGUCACUCAGUAAGCCCGACGAAAGGUUUCUUCACCCGGGGACCCUUCAGUCGGCCCUCCAGUCCCAAGUCAGCCCCUGCCAGGACCAAGAACAGCCCAGGCUCCCCCAAAACCAUCUCCCCCUACCCUUCGUCCCAACAGGACUCCCCACCCAAGUCGUCUCGUCGCCUGAGCUUCAGUGGCAUCUUCCGCUCCUCCUCCAGGGACUCUACCUCUAACUCCACCUCCACCUCUCCCGUCAGUGUCAAGCUCUUCUCCAGGGCCAGGAAAGCCUCUGGGAUCUCCUCGCCCCCCUCAACUCCUCCGACGCAGUCCGUCAAGCAGCCGCCGGCGUUCCUGCUGGAGGCCUAUCGGAGCGAGCCGGAGAGGCCGGAGGCACGGAUGCGCUCCUACUCUUCCCCGCCAGACACCGGGCAACGCUUCCGUCUACCCUGCACCAAACCACCCAUGACUCCCUCCACCCCCAUCGCUACCUCACAAUCACCACCAGUCGACAGUUUAGUUGAAGCCAUGCUGAAGAAACUUGACCUAGAAGAUGAAGCUGUUGGAGAAUCCGAAAGGGAUAUCUACAUGCGCUUUAUGAAGUCACACAAGUGCUACGACAUUGUUCCUACCAGCUCCAAGCUCGUGGUUUUUGACACUACUCUACAAGUAAAGAAGGCUUUCUUUGCCUUGGUUGCCAACGGGGUGCGGGCAGCCCCGCUAUGGGAGACGAAGAAGCAGAGCUUUGUCGGAAUGUUAACCAUCACAGACUUCAUCAACAUCCUCCACAGAUACUACAAGUCUCCCAUGGUACAAAUAUAUGAGCUGGAGGAGCAUAAAAUUGAAACGUGGAGAGAGCUCUACCUACAAGAAACCUUUAAGCCGUUAGUGAACAUAUCACCUGAUGCAAGUAUAUUUGACGCGGUAUACUCGCUCAUCAAGAACAAGAUUCAUCGGCUGCCCGUCAUCGACCCAGUCAGCGGAAACGCACUUUAUAUCCUCACACACAAGAGAAUCCUCAAGUUCCUCCAGCUCUUUGUGUGUGAGAUGCCAAAGCCUGCCUUUAUGAAGCAGACCCUGGAGGAGCUGACCAUCGGCACCUACCACAACAUCGCCUUCAUCCACCCCAACACACCCAUCAUCAAGGCCCUGAACAUCUUCGUGGUCCGGAGGGUGUCCGCACUGCCAGUGGUGGACGAGUCGGGGAAAGUCGUGGAUAUUUAUUCCAAGUUUGAUGUCAUUAACCUUGCUGCUGAGAAGACCUACAACAACCUGGACAUCACGGUGACCCAGGCUCUGAGGCAUCGCUCGCAGUACUUCGAGGGCGUGAUGAAGUGCAACCGGCUCGAGACACUGGAGACUAUCGUGGACAGAAUAGUCAAAGCAGAGGUCCACAGGCUGGUGGUGGUGGGCGACAACGGCCACAUCGUGGGCAUCGUUUCCCUCUCGGACAUCCUGCAGGCCCUGGUGCUCACCCCUGCAGGCAUCGGCAGGAAGAGCAGCCAAGCACAAUCAAAAGCAGAGGUAGAUACAGAGGCACCACCAGAAACAUUGGUAGAGACAGAGGCACCACCAGAAACAUUGGUAGAGACAGAGGCACCACCAGAAACAUUGGUAGAGACAGAGGCACCACCAGAAACAUUGGUAGAGACAGAGGCACCACCAGAAACAUUGGUAGAGACAGAGGCACCACCAGAAACAUUGGUAGAGACAGAGGCACCACCAGAAACAUUGGUAGAGACAGAGGCACCACCAGAAACAUUGGUAGAGACAGAGGCACCACCAGAAACAUUGGUAGAGACAGAGGCACCACCAGAAACAUUGGUAGAGACAGAGGCACCACCAGAAACAUUGGUAGAGACAGAGGCACCACCAGAAACAUUGGUAGAGACAGAGGCACCACCAGAAACAUUGGUAGAGACAGAGGCACCACCAGAAACAUUGGUAGAGACAGAGGCACCACCAGAAACAUUGGUAGAGACAGAGGCACCACCAGAAACAUUGGUAGAGACAGAGGCACCACCAGAAACAUUGGUAGAGACAGAGGCACCACCAGAAACAUUGGUAGAGACAGAGGCACCACCAGAAACAUUGGUAGAGACAGAGGCACCACCAGAAACAUUGGUAGAGACAGAGGCACCACCAGAAACAUUGGUAGAGACAGAGGCACCACCAGAAACAUUGGUAGAGACAGAGGCACCACCAGAAACAUUGGUAGAGACAGAGGCACCACCAGAAACAUUGGUAGAGACAGAGGCACCACCAGAAACAUUGGUAGAGACAGAGGCACCACCAGAAACAUUGGUAGAGACAGAGGCACCACCAGAAACAUUGGUAGAGACAGAGGCACCACCAGAAACAUUGGUAGAGACAGAGGCACCACCAGAAACAUUGGUAGAGACAGAGGCACCACCAGAAACAUUGGUAGAGACAGAGGCACCACCAGAAACAUUGGUAGAGACAGAGGCACCACCAGAAACAUUGGUAGAGACAGAACUAGAGGCAGAGGUAGUGGGGGCUGGAAUUCGAAGUUGAGACUGAGAUGGAGAACGCUGAAGCCAUGGCAAAGACUGAGGCAGUAGUGAAGGUAGAGACUGAAGCUGGACCAAAGGAAGCUGAGGGAAAAGCGGAGUGGGUGCUGUGUGUGACUGACCUGCCGUGACACGGGACAUUGCUGUGAGAGCAAGUUGACUCGGAAGACUGAUGGAAGUUGAACCCCCAGAAUGAUGCAGCAUUGUCUGGGCUGAGAAAAGGGUUGGAUCGGACUGGUGGGAUGGGUGGUACAGUCAGUGACCCUCUGGGUAACCAGGGCCCUGAUGGGUAAUUUUCUGUGAUAGGGGAGACGUGGUCACAUAGGUGACUGACUCGGACUGACCAACCUGGGAUCAUUUUACUAGAGGGUCUGGGGAGGCGGUGGUGCCUCCUCUUCUCCCCCCUCAAGAUUGUGCAUCAUCACUCCCCUCUACUUUUACCGCCUGGAUGUUCCAGAAAUAACCCUCUAGGCCCUCAUUUAGACUUGACAUGAGUGGAAAGGUAUUAGCAACAUGGCUAGUAUUCCAGCUAGCCUAUCAGAAGCCCUCGAGGUGGUUUGAGUUAUUAUAAGCUUCUUUUUAGUUGCAGGUUAUUUAUUUUCCAUUUGAAUCAUAAUCGUGUCUGCUCUCCUUCAGGGAAAGAGUAUUGAGUUGUUUUUUUCUUUAUUUGCACAAGGUUUUGUGAAUGGAAACAAGGGAUGUCGGUGGCUCUCCGAAAACUACACCAAUCCCCCUGCUACUUAUGAUGGCCCUGUGACAGUGGGCGGAGCUUGCUGUCCUGUCUUUAACGUCAUUGGUGCCUUUCGAGAGAUUUUUUUAAAAGUAUUUUUGAAAGAGAGCGGACUUUGUUGUUCAAUGCAAUUCAAGAAGAAGCAGCAGCUGCCUAUAUACAAUAUAUCCAAUAUGUAUGUAUACUCCAAUUACUUGGAGGCAUGCAAGAUAUAUCUUGUACUCUGUAUCGAUCAUACUGGAAAUAUAGAGAAACCUUUUGUACUGAGGAAACUAAGUGCCAGAGAAAGGACAGUUCUAUUUUCUCUUUAGUCAAUAUUGUAAGAUUAUGUUAUUUUUGUAAUAUUUACUGAUUCUUUUCUUGUCAUUCAGAUUGUGAAAUUAUAUUGUUGAUAGUCUCAGAUGAGUGGUUUAUCUAUUGAAAAUGAACAGAUGUGUCAUGAGUGUGACAUAAUACAUGUUUCUGUUAUUUAAUUUCUUUUGCUGUUUAAAAAAGUAAUAAAACAUACUACUGAAAUCUU